GUGGCCUCGGGCCGCGGCGUGGGGCGCCAUGUCGCGGGUGCAGCUCCAGUGCAAGAACCUGCAGCAGUUCCUGCGCGGGCUCAGCCCCCCCACCCUGGACCGGCUCUACGGGCACCCGGCCACCUGCCUGGCCGUCUUCAGGGAGCUGCCGGGGCUGGCGCAGGCCGGGGUGCUGCGGAUGCUGUUCCUGGAGCAGCCGCUGCCCCAGGCGGCCGUGGGGCUCUGGGUCAAGAAGGAGCACAGCAGGGAGCAGCAGCAGAGCCAGGAGGUGCUGCUGGAGCUGCGCCUGUGGCACCCCCACACCCUCCCGGGGGGGCUCCCGGGGGUCGCCCUGCACCCCAACUUCCGACAGAACCUGAGGGUGGCCCUGCUCGGGGGGGGCAAGGCCUGGUCGGACGACACGGCCCCGCUGGGCCCGGACCGGCACGCCGCGACGUUCCCCGCCCUGGACAAAUACGCCGAGGAGCGCUGGGAGGUGGUUUUGCACUUCAUGGUCGGUCCCCCGAGCGCGGCCGUCAGCCAGGACCUGGCGCAGCUGCUGGUGCAGGCCGGGCUCAUGAAGAACGAGGGGGGGGAGCCCCCCUGCAUCACCUCGGCCGGGUUCCAGUUCCUGCUGCUCGACACCCCCGCCCAGCUCUGGUUCUUCAUCCUGCAGUACCUCAGGGGGGCCCAGGCGCGGGGGAUGGACCUGGUGGAGAUCCUGAACUUCCUGUUCCAGCUGAGCUUCUCCACACUGGGAAAGGAUUACUCGGUGGAGGGCAUGAGCGAGUCGCUGCUGACGUUCCUGCAGCACCUGAGGGAGUUCGGGCUGGUGUUCCAGAGGAAGCGGAAGUCGCGGCGGUUCUACCCGACCCGCCUGGCCAUCGCGCUGGCCUCGGGGACAGCGGGGACAUCGCUGGGGACAUCGCACGGGCACGGCUUCAUCCUGGUGGAGACCAACUACCGCAUCUACGCCUACACAGACUCGGAGCUGCAGGUGGCCCUCAUCGCGCUCUUCUCGGAGCUCCUCUAUCGCUUCCCCAACCUGGUGGUGGCACAGGUGACAAGGGACAGCGUGCAGGCGGCCAUCGCCAACGGCAUCACCGCCGACCAGAUCAUUCACUUCCUGCGCACACGCGCCCACCCCGUGAUGGCCAAACAGUGUCCCCCACGAGCCCGGGUGCUGCCCCCGACCAUCACGGACCAGAUCCGGCUCUGGGAGCUCGAGCGGGACCGGCUGCGCUUCUCCGAGGGUGUGCUGUACAACCAGUUCCUGUCCCAGGUGGAUUUCGAGGUGCUGCGGGACCACGCCCGCGCCCUGGGCGUGCUGGUGUUCGAGAACCCCGCGCGGCGCCUGAUGGUCGUCACCCCCGCGGGGCACCCCGACGUCAAACGCUUCUGGAAGCGCCAGAAACACAACGGCUGACCCCAAAAACCACAAAAUACCCAAAAUCCCCGAGUUUGGGAUGCCCGAAAACCCAAAAUCCCGGAAUCUGGGUUCCCAAAAAUGGCUGAAAUCGCCAAUUUUGGGUUACUGGGCCACCCCGACGUCAAACGCUUCUGGAAGCGCCAGAAACACAACGGCUGACCACAAAAACCACAAAUUCACGGAGUUUGGGAUCCCCAAAAACCCCGAAAUCCCAAAAUCCCGGAGUUUGGGGACAAAAAAACCCCAAACUUUGGGGUUACUGGGGCACCCUGAUGGUCGUCACCCCCGCGGGGGCACCCCGACGUCAAACGCUUCUGGAAGCGCCAGAAACACAACGGCUGACCCCCAAAAACCCCGAAAUACCCAAAAUCACAGAGUUUGGGAUCCCCGAAAACCCAAAAUCCCGGAAUCUGGGUUCCAAAAAUGGCUGAAAUCGCCAAUUUUGGGGUUACUGGGGCACCCCGACGUCAAACGCUUCUGGAAGCGCCAGAAACACAACGGCUGACCACAAAAACCACAAAUUCACGGAGUUUGGGAUCCCCAAAAACCCCUAAAUCCCCAAAAUCCCGGAGUUUGGGAUCCUAAAAUCCUCAAAAUCCCGGAGUUUGGGGACAAAAAACCCCGAAAUUUGGGGUUAUUGGGGCACCCUGAUGGUCGUCACCCCCGCGGGGCACCCCGACGUCAAACGCUUCUGGAAGCGCCAGAAACACAAUGGCUGAUCCCCAAAAAACCCAGAAAUACCCAAAAUCCCUGAGUUUGGGAUCCUAAAAUCCUCAAAAUCCCAGAGUUUGGGGUCCAAAAAUGGCUAAAAUUGCCAAAUUUGGGGUUACGACGUCAAACGCUUCUGGAAGCGCCAGAAACACAACGGCUGACCCAAAAACCACAAAAUACCCCAAAUCCCCGAGUUUGGGAUCCCCGAAAACCCAAAAUCCCGGAAUCUGGGUUCCAAAAAUGGCUGAAAUCACCAAUUUUGGGGUUACUGGGGCACCCCGACGUCAAACGCUUCUGGAAGCGCCAGAAACACAACGGCUGACCCCCAAAAAACCCCAAAAUACCCAGAAUCACAGAGUUUGGGAUCCAAAAAUCAUCAAAAUCCCGGAGUUUGGGGACAAAAAACCCCGAAAUUUGGGGUUACUGGGGCACCCUGAUGGUCGUCACCCCCGCGGGGCACCCCGACGUCAAACGCUUCUGGAAGCGCCAGAAACACAACGGCUGACCCCCAAAAAACCCCGAAAUACCCAAAAUCCCCGAGUUUGGGAUCCCCGAAAACCCAAAAUCCCGGAAUCUGGGUUCCAAAAAUGGCUGAAAUCACCAAUUUUGGGGUUACUGGGCCACCUCGACGUCAAACGCUUCUGGAAGCGCCAGAAACACAACGGCUGACCCCCAAAAACCCCGAAAUACCCAAAAUCCCCGAGUUUGGGAUCCCCGAAAACCCAAAAUCCCGGAAUCUGGGUUCCAAAAAUGGCUGAAAUCACCAA